GCAUAGUUGUAUGGUGGUGAUAGGAUUACUAAAAAGAUGAAGAUAGAUAAUAAAAAAUAAAAAAACAGUGCAUUCUCCUCCCCACAAAUCAUUGUACAACAAUUAUCAUCACUUACCUUUCUUCCUAAGCUCCUAUCGAGUUUAGAGAGAUUCUGGUGUGACAACUUGGCAAUGUCGAGUAAGCUUAUCCAGCCACCACCAUCAAUAGCAGCCUCAGGACGAGCAAUCUCAACAAGAACACCAAACGCGAAGGUGUUAGUUUCUUUCAGCAAUCACAAUGGCAAAACGAUGAGUUUUAGUGACAACCCAAAUCGUCUCAGACCCAUGUUCAUCGGGAAAGUCACGGAACAGAGCAGCUCUUGUUCCUCCACUAAUGAACAACAAGAAGUAGAGGAAGAAGAAGAAACAAGAACAGUUUCACAGAUUAAAGAAGAGCUCUACGAAGCUCUUAAAGGGAUAAACAGAGGUAUAUUCGGAGUUAAAUCGGAUAAAAAAGCAGAGGUCGAGGGGUUGGUGAAGCUUCUUGAAUGUAGGAAUCCGACGCCGGAGCCGACCGGAGAGCUAGACAAGAUCGGAGAAACGAAGGGCAAAACGGUCCAUGUGUUAAAAUUUGAUGUCCGGGGAUUGAAUCUACUCGACGGCGAGUUUAGAAUCGUCGCUUCUUUCAAGAUCUCAUCCAAAACGAGUGUUGAGAUAACUUAUGAAAGCUCAACGAUUAAGCCAGACCAGUUGAUGAACAUUUUCAGGAAGAACACGGAUCUUCUUUUGGGAAUUUUCAACCCUGAGGGAUUAUUUGAGAUUACAUAUUUAGAUGAAGAUAUACAAGUAGGGAGAGAUGGGAAAGGAAAUGUAUUUGUUUUGGAGAGAACAGAGUAAACCCCUAAAGAAAUACGAAAAUAAUAAAAUGUUUUACAUUCGUUUUUCAAAACUCUCGUUUCCAUAAGAAGAAGUUGCUUGUUCCUCAAGAAUUUGUUCAACCUUUUUCUUUGAUUUGGUUAAUGUUAUGUUCUCUAUGCCAUCAGUAUAUCCUCUAGCAGUGUUGUAGGGGUGCUUUGGCUUUUUUCUCUUCUUGGUGGGAUUUUUUGAAACACACAAAUCUAGAUUAGUUUUUUGUUUCUUUUUUGUCUUGGGAAUAUUUGUUACAGUUUAUUUCAUUAUUGGCAUCACUGAUUGUUCAAUAAUACUGUAUAACUUACUAUUUAGCUUGAUCUCAUUUGUUUAUAACUGUAUAAUAAUAAUGCUCUAAUGGAUUUUAUAGA